AUGGGAGACAAUAAUGUAACUAUCGUAGCUGGUGGCAAUGGCAGAGGUGCUGGUCUCAAUCAACUCUAUUGGCCGAGAUACAUGUUUGUCGAUCAACAACAGGCUGUCUAUGUGUCAGACUACGGCAAUCAUCGUGUGAUGAAAUGGAAUAAAGGUGCAAAAGAAGGCAUUGUCGUCGCUGGAGGUCAAGGACAAGGGAAUGCUCUGACACAGUUGUAUGAUCCUCAAGGACUAUUCGUCGAUACAUUGGGUACCAUCUAUGUGGCAGACACGUUGAAUCAGCGAGUAAUGCGUUGGCCUAAAGGAGCAAAUCAGGGCACUGUCAUUGCGGGUGGAAAUGGUUACGGAGCAGGAGCUAAUCAAUUGUGGAAUCCCAUGGGUUUGUCCUUCGAUCGACAUGGCAAUCUCUAUGUCGUCGAUGAAGGGAAUGCCCGUGUUCAACGCUUUUCAAUUGAAUAAACUCAUUACGAUGGAUUUUUUCCUUUCGUUUCAAAUAAAGGGUGUGGGUGGGUGUGGGUGGAUGUGGGUGUGGGUGUGGGUGUGGGUGUUGGUGUGGGUGUGGGUGUGGGUGUGGGUGUGGGUGCGGGUGUGGGUGUGGGUUUGGGUUUGGAUGUGGGUGGGGUGUGCGUGUGGAUGUGGGUGUGGGUGUGGGGUGUCGGCGUGGGUGUGAGAAAAAUGUACACUCACGCCCACACCCACACCCACACCCAUACACCCACACACCUACACCCAAACACCCACACCUACAUCCACACCCGCACCCACACCCACACCCACACCCACACCCACACCCACACCCACACCCAUCCACACCCACACCCACACCCACACCUACACACCCACACCCACACCCACAUCCACACCCAUCCACACCCACACCCACACCCGCACAAAGGUCGUGGAUUGAUCUCCAUGGCACGAAUAAAGUUAGCAAUGCACGACAAUAACGCUCGCGUGUUUCUUCUCGUUCGCGAUGGGGCAUUGGAGGACCAAGCAGAACUGAUAUCACUGGAGUGGUACGUUUAAUGAUGAUAUGUAAUGAUCAUUGUGGGUGUAUAGUUUCAAGCAAGGGGGAAAAAGCGGAUCCUGGAUCCU